GUGGCAUUACGUAGGGAGGCGUGUGUGACAUUUGCUGCAAGAAGCUAGUUUAUGAACAGCUAACCGGAUAAAGAUGAAACGCUGGGGGAAGGAAGUAGAAACUAUUUAGCAUUUUAACAACUGAACUGACUUUUGGGUCACACUUUGUUAUCGUACACAUAUUAGAGAAGACAGUUUAUAUCAAAUGUGGCGAAAGGUAAAACUUCCUGUCAGGCUAAACACGUUAAAUAACAGUUAGUAAGCUAACGCUUUUAACUUGUACUAUACAGAUUCAGGUUAAGUUACUAUUCUGGUUUGCUGCUCUGUGAUGUUGAUACUAAUCACUUAACUGCAGUUUCUCUCGGGUUUGUUUGUAUUGCAGUAUGGGUGGACGUUAUCGCUUAAGCCGACUUGGCUAACUGCCUUUCGCACACAAGGUUAACAUUAGCUUUAGCCAGCUAGCUCCUCACUCUCCUUUUGCUGCAGCUUUCUCACUUUCUUCUUAUGCUGACUUGUCAGAGCACGUGUGCUGAAAGUAGACCAGGUGUGCUAGGGGAUAGAUAGGGUCUGCAACUUAAUCACAGGGUAAGUCUACUUAAGGGGUAUAUUUGUGUUACUUUAGUGGAGCCAGAGGUGGGACCAUGCUGCUCUCCUUGGUUGUGCACACCUACUCGCUGCGGUACUGGUUUCCAGCCACGGUCAUGCUGGGGACAGCUCCUGCUUACCUGCUGUCAUGGGGGAUUUGGCGCUUAAUUUCAACUGCCUUACCAGCGAGAGUGUAUCACAAGUUAGAUGACCGGUUAUACUCCAUCUACCAGAGUAUGGUCCUGUUCUUCUUUGAAAACUACACUGGGGUGGAGGUCAUUUUAUAUGGAGAUAUACCAAAGAACAAAGAGAACGUCAUCUACCUGUCUAAUCACCAAUGUACAGCUGACUGGAUCAUUGCGGACAUGCUCGCCAUCAGGCAGAGUGCCCUCGGCCACGUCAGGUACGUCCUUAAAGACGGACUCAAGUGGCUCCCGCUGUACGGAUGGUAUUUCUCUCAGCAUGGAGGAGCCUACGUGAAACGAAGUGCAAAGUUCAACGAAGUAACGAUGAAGAAGAAGCUCCAAACUCAGACUCGAUGCGGAGCACCAAUGUACCUCGUCAUCUUCCCAGAAGGAACUCGGUAUAAUCCAGAGCUCAAGAAUGUUAUCGCUGACAGUCAGGCUUUUGCUACGAAAGAAGGACUGGCUGUCCUAAAGCACACGCUUACACCCAGAAUGAAGGCCUCUCACAUCGCCCUCGAUGCCAUGAAGGACCACCUGAACGCCAUCUAUGACGUCACCGUGGCCUACGAGGGAACGCUGGAAACCUCCGGUCAAAGAAAACCUGCGCCAUCAAUGCCGGAAUUCCUGUGCAAAGAAUGUCCCCGAGUCCACAUAUACUUCGACCGUGUGGACAUAAAGGAAAUCCCUACAGAGCCACUGUUCUUCCGCAGGUGGCUGCACGAGCGGUUUGAAAUCAAGGACCGACUGCUGACAGAUUUCUACGAGUCGGAGGAUCCAGACAAAAGAUGCAAGUUCCCCGGGGAAGGCAAACAUUCUCCUCUGAACCUUUCUAAAACCCUCCCAUCAAUGAUUAUCUUGGGGGGACUGACACUGCCAUUACUGCUGACGGAGAACGGCAGGAAACUCUACGUGAGAACCUGGGUGUACGGGACACUGCUGGGCUGGCUCUGGGUGAACGCUUUUCCUUAACAAACAGGGCAGAGGCUGCCCCGAUGAGACGCACAAAAGACAUGGAGAGAUGUUGCCAUUUUCCUGUAUCACAACAACACAAGGUGUGUUCCAGAUGCAGUGUCUGAUAAGAGGCUCAUAGAUUUACCCCACACGUCUGGCUCACUGUUGACCUUGAGCUGAAAGCUGAACGGAGAUACGGAUAAAUGUUAAGCUUUUUGUGGUACUUGUUCCCUCGCGUCAUUUGGAUUUGCAGCCUGAAAUGAAGAGAAAAGAAAAAUGAGUGGAUUCGGUGAAAAGUAUUAGAUUUCUCAAAAAUAGCCCUUGUUAUCUAGUAUGAAAUAAAUAAAAAAAUAGCUAUAUACUUAUCUUAAAAUAAUCCCCCCUUUACCAGAUUUACCAAAUUAGUAUUCAUGCAUGCUCACGUUCCCAUUGGGCAGUUUUAAAGCUCAUAUAUUUUUGAGAACAAAUUGUGCUAAAUCCUCUCAAAACAUAAAAUGAUCAAGUUCAGCGACUGUAUGUAGCUGACACAGUGCACCUGCCUACUGAUGAUGGAUCAUUCAUUAUUGAAGUGCACUGACUCAUUGACAUUGGUUGUAAUGUUAUUUAUGCCAAGUCCCAUGUUCGGAGUUUUAUGCACUUUGCUCAUUUAAAGUGAUGUUUUUACAUUAGUAAAACAAAAUAAAUAGCAUGCAGUCCUCUAUAGGGGCUCAUACACACCAGCUGCAUUGUUUACCAUAAAUAUUCAUAUGACAUCACUUUGUUUUAUAUACUGAUGAUGAAUGUAGCUGUUAAACAGUCUCAUUUAUGUAUAUAUGAUAAAGUAAAUGUUUAUUAUAUUUUAUUUCCAACACCCAAGACUUUGAUUUGACUAACAUUCAUAUCCUUAAAAAAAUUCAAUCUAUUGUACUUUUGUGAGAUGCACAGUGAGCUCAUAUGGAGGAAUGUGUGUUUAAAAAUUAAAAUGUUCUCCAAUAUGACUUAAACCUCAUAAUGUCAAUCAUUGCCAAAACCUGGUGGGUGCAUUUACCAUGAUGUUCUACAUGUGUUUUUAAGUUGAGCAGUACUUGUCUAAUGCCAGCCCGGAUGACAGCAAAGAAACUUUACAUUAAAAUUAGAUUUUUUUAAUAAUGGUUUAUUCAAAGUUCCAUAACUUUUAUAUGCAUUUAUUACUUUGAAUACCAUGUUACAGCUCACAAAUAUCUACCUAGCAAAAAGCUGACAAAGCCAUGUUAACAGUAUGUCACAGGUUCCUGUGCACUCAAAGCCAUUUGUAUUAUAAAGUUCACUGUAAUGUUAAAAGCACUGUAUGUCCAUUGUUGUUUACUGUGAUGAAACCGUUGCAUUUUCCCACGAGUCACUUUACAUGUUUGCCGUCUCGUCCUCGUCUACAGUUAGUCUGAGAUUAGUUUUCCUCUUGGUUCAGUAAAUUAUAGUUUUUACAUGUCGCGCCAAUACCUCACUUGAAUAAUCCUUCCUCGUUCCUAAAUGACUCUUGUCAGCCAUUUUGUAGUCAUUUUUAUCCUGACAAGAUCAGACUGUCACUCAUCAGGAAAACUUGUAUGUAGACAGUAUUUAAAUGCCAACUGAUUUUGGAAAUGUGUGCCUUCUCUUUGGAGGAGUUGGUCCUCCGCCCUCUCUCUCACAGAGGGCCCUAGUGGCUCUUUUCCACCAGGUGACUGCAGGGAAGCAUGUGGUCACAUUGUCUACAGUUCAUAGUGGCUUAUUAUGCUCGAAGAAUGCAUUGAUUUACACUUUUUGAGGACUAUUAAUAAACGAUGAAACCUUUAAUGAAUGUGAUUUCUGGGACUGGGGGAGAGUGAAAUAAAGUUUUUUUUGAGGAGA